CUGCUCUCCUGAGCGGCGCUCCUUCUUCACCUUUACCUCUCACCUCCUCGUCCAUUGCCAGCUACCACCGAGCACGCAAGCCACGCGUGUUCGGACCCUCCCUCCCACCAAUCCCUACUGUGUUGAGCCAACCGACGCGAAUCCACGCGACGGUAGGCCCACGUCUCCUCCUCUUCCCUUCCUAUCUUGGCAUAUCUCCUUUCCCCUAUUCUUACCCAGUCAGUUCGACAUGAAGUUCCUCGACUAUCCUGUGCUCGACAGGCUGUCCAAGGCGCUCACCUUUGAGUCGGCCGAGUGCAAGGUCUUCACUCAGCUCGAAGCAUACUCUUGCAAGACGGUGAGCAAGGAGAAGCGCCUGCUCAAAUCGCUCGAAUCGCAGUACAUGCAGUCUGCCUCCAUGUCGCCGCCCGACUAUCUCGAUGAGACGCUGGCCAGCCCCUUUGGCCGCCUGGAUCAGGCAGGCGCCCGCAAGGUUCUUUUCCUCCUCAUUGCAACUCUCAACGGCGCCUUUCCCCAUCACGACUUCAGCGUCGUCAGUCCCUCGGACUUUCGGCGGCAGCCGAGCUCCGCUUCGGUGCUCAACAGCUUGAGCACGACACUGCUCAGCCUGCGUCACAACUCCAACACACCAAGGUCCUUCAGCUCCUUCCCGAGCUCGCACGAGGAGACGUUUGACGGAACGAGAAGCUCCCGGAUGGGCAAUAUCUUCGAUGGCGGCUUCGAUCGCACAGGUAAUAGUACCAUCAGUCACCCUGAGCUGGCGACGGUGCUCGACGACAUCAUGGACAUCAAAGAGUGCGAAGUCUACUCUUUUCAUCCCGAUGCCGAGUCGGACCCUCACGCAUGCGCCGAUGACGAGGAGGAGGCCGACGACUAUGACGACGACAGAUAUGACGACGGCGGCCUGAGCAGCGACGACGACGAUGACGAGAUGCGUCACCGACACAGCGGCUCCCACGACAUUGAUGCGCCCAUGUUUGACGAAGACUACCUUAGCGGUGGCUUCCAGGGAGACUCCAACCCCGCUUCGCAGCCCGCGACGCCGAGGACACCGACCUCGACUCGAGCCAGAGCGGGUGAUUACUUUAGCUCGUCGCAACGUAAGCGUCAGCAAAGCCAGCAGCAGCAUGAACAACCACAAAUGUCCAUGUCGCUGAGCAGCAGUGAUUCGUACGAUGACGACGAUGUGCCCAGUGGCCUGCUGUGGGCCAACUAUACCUUUUUCUACAAUCGCAGGAUGAAGCGCAUCCUCUUUGUCUCAGUCUGGAGCCGCCGAAACUCUGGCAGCGCGCCCCACUACGGUUUCUCGCCGCCGUCGUACCCGACGACUGCCUUCAUGCCCCAGCAUCAGGGCAGCCACACGCGUUCCACGACUGUUUCGACAAACACUACAGUAAUCGAUGAUCCGGCGGAUGACAUGACGCCCGGUCCAUCGCCUGCCAAACGCGCAAUUGCCCGGGCCUCUACUGGCGGUGCCGGUUCAGCUCGUGCUCCAGUUGCUCAUGCAGGUGGCCGUGGAGGACGUCGUCAUGGUCGCUCGGCGUCCGGAAGUCCUGCCCCGUCAAGCUUGUCUCCGUUCCCUCACGCCAGUCCUCAAGCACCUGGGCGGCGAGGACCCAGCAAUUUGGGUGCGGUGCCGACCAUAGGCAACCUCGAUGGCACAUUGUUGAGUGCCAGUGCACCUGCCGUCCAACAGCAGCCCCUCGCUGUACCGAGCGCCUCGUCAUCGCUUGCACGCCAGACGGCUGACGCAGCCUCUUCGCUGGCCUCGUCGUCGUCUGCGUCCUCUUCGACAAAGCGCACAGGCGAGAUGGCGCGUCCCGAAGAUGAGUCACGCAAGCACCGCCGCGUCAACAGGUCCUCUAUGGCCGCUUGAUAAUUCUUACCCGACCCACUUCUCGCUUCUCGUUGUCU